UGCGCCCAGGUAAGAAGAACGUGCUCUUCCUGGGUGCGUGGUCCUUUCACCGUGUAACGUGUGGCCUUUGCUAGCAACCCUCCUCUACCAGCAGAGGCUGCAUGAGGGGGGGGCGGGCGCCCGCAGUCCUGCUCGGCGGAGGGGCCACUCUGCUCCUGUCGUUUCUUUGGAUGCCGGCGCUGCUGCCUGUGGCCUCCCGCGUUCUGUUGCUUCCCCGAGCCCUGCUGUCCAUGGCCUCUGGAAGCCCCCCGUCUCAGCCCUCUCCCGCCUCGGGCUCCGGCUACGUUCCGGGAUCGGUUUCUGCAGCCUUUGUCACUUGCCCCAACGAGAAAGUCGCCAAAGAGAUCGCCAGGGCUGUGGUGGAGAAGCGCCUAGCGGCCUGCGUCAAUCUCAUCCCUCAGAUCACAUCCAUCUAUGAGUGGAAAGGAAAAAUCGAGGAAGACAGUGAGGUGCUAAUGAUGAUUAAAACCCAAAGUUCCUUGGUCCCAGCUUUGACAGAUUUUGUUCGGUCUGUGCACCCUUAUGAAGUGGCUGAGGUGAUUGCAUUGCCUGUGGAGCAGGGGAACUCCCCAUACCUACGCUGGGUGCGCCAGGUUACAGAGUCAGUUUCUGAUUCCGGCACAGCCCUACCAUGAUGAUCCCUGUCCCUGCCAUGAUCCUCUGACACUUCAAUGCCCUCUGACUUCCAGAUGAUGACUUGGCCCCCAAUAAAUCCUCUUUGAUUCUCUCUGCC